GAAAGUACGACGUCGUGAAGAACCCUCCAAGCAGCAGCAGCUCGUCCUUUCCUUCGCGAUCCAUAUAGAAUCAAAGAUAAUGUCGGCAGCUAUGAGAUUCUCCCAGGUGCGCUUGACCGCGAAGGCUGUGUCGUCGGGUGUGUCCGCACGAUCACUUGCCUCAGUUAUGGGCACUCAGAUUCGCCACUUCUCCCGCUCUUCUUACGCCCAGAAGUCCUUCCCAGACCACCAGGUCAUCAACAUGCCCGCCCUUUCUCCUACCAUGACUCAGGGUGGUAUCGGUGUGUGGGGAAAGAAGCCCGGAGACAACAUUCAGCCCGGAGAUGUGUUGGUGGAGAUUGAGACGGAUAAGGCACAGAUGGACUUCGAGUUCCAGGAGGAGGGUUACUUGGCUAAGGUCUUGAUGGAGUCUGGUUCUAAGGAUGUUCCUGUCGGAAACCCCAUUGCUGUUUUGGUCGAGAACGAGUCUGACGUCGCCGCUUUCGCCGACUUCACCAUCGAGGACGCUGGAGGUGCUAAGGCCGCUGAGGCACCAAAGGAGGAGGCUAAGGAGCAGCCCAAGGAGGAGAAGAAGGAGGAGAAGGCCGCCGCUCCCAAGGCUGAGGCUCCUCAGAAGAAGGCCGACGAGACUCCCUCCAAGCCCCUCGAGCGCAUCGCCGCUUCCCCUAUCGCCCGCCGCAUCGCUUCCGAGAAGGGCAUCCCUCUCUCCCAGAUUAAGGGAUCCGGUCCCAACGGCCGCAUCAUCUUGAAGGAUGUCGAGGCCUACAAGGUUCCCGCCGCCGCUGCUGCCUCUGCCCCUGCUCCCGCUGCUGCCUCCCCCGGUGCCGCUUUCACCGACGUUCCCGUCUCCAACAUGCGCCGCGUUAUCGGCCAGCGUCUCCAGGAAUCCAAGCAGACCGCGCCUCAUUACUACGUCACCUCCGAGAUCUCCAUGGACAAGAUCAACAAGCUCCGUGCUGCUCUUAACGCCCAGGCUGACGGCAAGUAUAAGCUCUCCGUCAACGACUUCGUCAUCAAGGCCGCUGCCCAGGCCCUUAAGGAGGUUCCCGAGUGUAACUCUGCUUGGUACGGAGAGUUCAUCCGUCAGCACCACACCGCUGACAUCUCCGUCGCUGUCGCCACCCCCACCGGUUUGAUCACCCCCAUCAUCAAGUCCGCCGAGGCCCGCGGUCUCGCAUCCAUCUCCAACUCCAUGAAGGACCUCGGCAAGCGUGCCAAGGACGGUAAGCUCAAGCCCGAGGAGUACCAGGGUGGAUCCUUCACCAUUUCCAACCUCGGCAUGUUCGGCGUCGACUCCUUCACUGCCAUCAUCAACCCCCCUCAGUCAUGUAUCCUUGCCGUCGGAGCUACCAAGGAUGUCGUUGUUGUUGACCCUACCUCCGAGAAGGGAUUCAAGGUUGAGCCUAAGAUGAAGUGUACGUUGAGCAGUGACCACAGGACUGUUGACGGUGCUGUUGGUGCGCAGUUCUUGAAGGCGUUCAAGAAGAGGGAGUAG